AAAGUUUGCCCGUCAGCCCGUCACCUGUCAAUCGUGUCUUGCAGAAAAUUGCUCGAUGGUCCGCGCUCUUAUUCCUUUUCCUGUUCUAAUAAAUUCCGAUGGAGAGUGUGUGAUAACAAUUAUACAGCCUCUUAACUUUUUGCUGUAUACUGUGUUUUUAAUUAUAUGUGUGAGGAAUGAAUAUUUAUAUGAAAUGCACGAAUUGAUCAGUUGUGAUGAUGUGGAAUUUAUGUGCAAGAUGCUUCAAGUAAAUAAGAAUUUAUAAUUUAAUUUCUGCCAUAAUAAAUAAAUGGAAUAACAUCACAAUGUUUUCUAACAUUCAAAAGAAGGACUAUAGAGUCGUGGAUCUAAUACAGCAAAGAGAAAUACAAGACUCAGUGACGCAUAUAAUUUCGCAAAAAUUACAUGUUACCGAAAAUCUAAUAUCACGUCUAGGUUUAGAAAAGGAAUUAAAUGGUCAUACAGGAUGUGUUAAUUGUUUAGAAUGGAAUGAAACUGGACAAAUACUUGCAUCAGCAUCAGAUGACAAGGAUAUUAUAUUGUGGGACCCUUUUCGUUAUGAAAAAAAAUUGGUACUUCAUUCAGGCCAUCGUGGAAAUAUAUUCUCUGUAAAGUUUAUGCCAAAAUCAAAUGACAGUAUACUGGUGUCAGGUGCGGGAGAUUGCAGAAUUCGGGUGCAUGAUUUAACACUCUCCGAACCGAUAUUUACGUGUAAAUGCCACAAACAGCGUAUUAAACGUAUCGCCACUGUGCCCAGUAUUCCCUUCUUGUUUUGGAGCGCUGGUGAAGAUGGUCUCUUCUUACAAUAUGACAUUCGUACACCACACAUUUGCAGGAGUAACAAUCACAAUGUUCUCGUGAAUUUGGUUUAUCAUAUGGGUCGUUAUGCAGAGGGCAAAUGCAUUGCUGUAAAUCCGAGAAAGCCUGAGCUGAUAGCAAUUGGCGCCAACGAUGCUUACAUUCGGAUGUACGAUCGGCGAUUUAUAAAGCUGUCACAGAUGCCUCCAUCGCCUUCCAUACAUGAUAACUCAGAUUGGGCAAAUAUUAGUACCUAUCGAGCAGGAAAAGGUGAUCCAGAGGAUAAUAUCCCAUUGGCUAGCACACAGUAUUUUAUUGCGGGUCAUCUGCACUCUCGUGAUGGUAAUAGGAGCAUUACAACUACCUAUUUGACAUUCAGUGAUAAUGGAAAUGAGUUACUUGUGAAUAUGGGUGGGGAACAAGUUUAUUUAUUUGAUAUUAAUGAGCCAAAUAAUUCAAAAACAUUUCUCAGUUCAUCAAGAAAAUAUUCAAAAUCAAUCGAGGAUCAAGAACUUGACAAGAAUCACAUAAAACAAAACGGCACAAGCUAUACGGAAGAUCUUGUAGAUAAAACUGUAAAAAUAUUGCCACCACACAUUGAAGAAUUAAAACGUCAAGCAAAUGAGGGAUUUGAGCAGCAGAAGUAUUCACUAGCAAUUAAUUUGUAUAAUAAAGCUAUUUCUUAUUGUCCAUGGGCAGCAGUACUAUUUGCCAAUCGAGCAGCUGCUUACAUGAAACGUGCUUGGGAUGGCGAUAUUUAUGCCGCUUUACGAGAUUGUCAGACAACAUUACUCCUCGAUUCAGAACACGUGAAAGCUCAUUUUAGAUUGGCGCGUUGUCUGUUUGAUUUAAAUCGAUCAAUUGAAGCUGACAAAGUACUCAAGAAUUUUCAACAAAAAUUUCCAGAAUAUACAUCUAAUUCAGCGUGUAAAGCAUUGAAGAUGGAUAUAAAGGAAGCUAUCAAUGCUGGAAAAGAUGUGACACAGACGAAUCAAACAUUUUUUCCAAUAUCAGAAUAUGAGCAAGAAUGGAGACGUAAUACAAUCGACUACAAAAUGAGAUUUUGUGGUCAUUGUAAUACUACGACUGACAUAAAGGAGGCAAACUUCUUUGGAAAUGAUAGCCAAUAUAUAGUAGCUGGGUCAGAUGAUGGUUCCUUCUUUAUCUGGGAUCGUGAUACUACUAAUAUUAUACGUGUGUUGCGAGGAGAUGACAGAAUUGUCAAUUGCUUACAACCACAUCCAUCCACGUGCUUGUUAGCUACUAGUGGUAUCGAUCCAGUAAUUAGAUUAUGGAGUCCAUGGCCAGAGGAUGGUAGUGUAAAUGAAAGGGAAAUUCAGAAUCUGGAUGAUGCUGCAUCAGCCAAUCAAAUACGUAUGAACAGUGAUCCAUUUGAGUUAAUGCUUAUGAACAUGGGAUACAGAUUUCCUGCUCCUCAACAUGAAUUUAGCGACGAAGAUGGUGAGGAUCAACAUGAUCAGCCGAUAACGCAAGCUUUAAAUUGCAGGCCAAGUUAAAUAUUUGCAAAAAUUCCACGAAAAAAAAAAAGAAAAACACUUAAAAUAGUUAGACAAUUGAAGAUCUAUAUUAAUAUGCAUAUUAUGAUCUUUCAAUCUAUUUCAAUUAUUUAUUUUUUCACCAAUACAUUUUGAAUUAUUUUUAUUUUGUAAUAAUAAAAGCAUUUUUGUAAGAUCAAAUACACACAAGAUAGUUUUUUUUUGUUAUAAUAUUAUGAAUGUAUUAAGAAAUGUAAAACAAAAUCGAGCAAGAGUUCUAUAUUUCGAAUCUAUAUAAUAGAAUAUAUAAUUGAUAAAUAUGUUAUAUAUUGUAUAUGUGUGCGUGCGUGCGUGCGUGAAUGUGUGUGUUUUUCUGUACAGAAUAAGUUUGCUUUUCCUCUUGUGAGUAUAUUGUUUUCUAUAAUGAAAAAACUAUCAUAUAAUUUGACAUGAGUUUGUGACAUUUUAAUAUAGAUAAAUAAAAUUUAAAAUUUAAAAAAAUGA